UCGGACAAACAUGCUCUGACUGAAAAAUAUUGGAGCCCGAAUUUUUCUGAUGCUUUUUUCGUCACAAAUAACUUUGUACUGGAAACCUGGACAACAUGUUAUUAUGUGCGAAACUGUAAUAACAAAUCGUUUCAGAAAUCUCAAAAUUACCAUUACUCAAGUAUGAUCAGAUUUCUGGUUAAUUUGGCAUUGAGUGGUGCCAUUAUCAGUUCCCAAGAAAUAAAAACCUGCAGAACCCCAACUAUUCAAGGUAGGUAAAUACAUUGCUGUAAUAAAAUAAACACUUGGCAAAAUUCCAAAAUUUGAGCGUCCGCCAAUGGAUCCUGUCCGGAUGGGCACACUUAAAUUUCAAGCGGAUACUGCUGUUCUGCUAAUCAAGCAAUUAUCACUCCGAGAGUUUGUGAAGAUACAUUCGUGGGUUGCACAGCGCUUAAAUCGUAUUGCAAGACUACUCGUCUUUUCAUAUCACCAAUGUAUAGUUUGUGCCCUAAAACCUGCGGACAGUGCAAGACACGUUAUAUUUGAUCCCUUCUUAAUUGUCACUGAUAAUAGUUUUCAUUAA